CCAUUCGCAACUAUCAUGAACAUGAUGGACAGCAAGUGCCAAAUUCGUGGCCCAAUCUCAGCUCAGAGGAUAUGGAGACACUCGGACAACAAAGCCAAAACACCUCAUCACGGUUCAGAUAAUGGAACAAGCACAAGCAAGAUACUGGCAAAUAUCUGGCAACAACCUGUUCGCACAGUGGCAACUUGGCAAACUCAAAACCAACAGACGGGAUAUCCUCUCUUGGAGGCAUGAUUACGUUGUGAUCGCCCUCGCAUUUGAUACCUCCGAUGUCUCCAUCGUGGGGUUGAACAACCCACCAGCCCGAGGGUGUAGCGUGUGUCAGAAUCCAGCGUUGACGUCGAUGCUUGAAAAUUCCAGUUCCUUAUCCUACGUCAGACUCUUAUUUUCAGUUAUAUCCUCCAAGACUCCAACAUCCUUUUCUCAUGGCCUAUCAUCCUUUGUUCCUGCCCCUUCUCAUCCCCAAUCCCCAACAACAUUUUCUCGGGCAUCCCAAACCACCUGUCACGUCAUUCCACCUUGGCCAGGCAAAACAGACUGGAUCUGGUGUUUCUCAUGCGCGCCAGUUCCAGAUUGCGACGCCAAGCCUUCUCCUUUCCAUCUGUUCCGUUCUCCUUUCGGCUUGAUACAUACAAGGCAAUGCCAGCCUGGCAGAUUUGACUUCAACCUACGAAAAGGCGACAAGUCAAAACACCCGCCAGCUUUGACGCCGUACGUUACGCAGACAACAUAUUUGUUUGUUACACCGUUACACAAACACGCCGAGGCCACGGCCAUGACGCGCUUCAUGGCUUUGGGCCUCCCGGCCUCUUCUUCGUCCGCCUCGUCUGUAGAGAAGAGACCAGGCCAUGGACGCGGGAUGCCAUGCCCUCAUCCUGAAAACAGAAACACCCCAAUACACGGCGAAAACAGAAACAAAAUAUUGGAAAUGAAGCUAGCCUGACUCUUGCUCACCCGCGUGAAGUCUGGGAAAGUGGGCUGCCAUCAAAGUCGGAAAGUUACAACUAGUAACAACCGUCCCGACGGCUCCCC